ACGAGCCGCUCCGUCGCUUCACGUUACGUAGCGUACGUGCCAGGUUGCGUAGUAACUUGCGUACGGUGUUACCAGUGCCCGCUGUUGUCGUGUGCUUUAGCUCGUGUAUACAAGUGGUUUGGACCCGAGGAGCGUGGCCCAGCUUCGGGUUGUUGGUGGGAAGAUUUUACCCGGUCGGGACGUUGAGAAGAACGGCCGCGAGCUUCACGUCACGCGCUGACUACGUUGAGCUUUGUAUGCUCAGCUGGUAACGUAACGCUUUCUUUCACCCUCUCCAAAUACGGAUGGGAGGGCACCGAGCCUCAGUUAGUUCCACACCGAGCGAGCUGGUGGUCCGUGCCUGAGAGUAGUCUACAAACUGGUCCCCUAACCGCUCGGUACCCCCGGUGACCUUCCGUGGCUCGCGUCCGCCUCUGUGAAUGGACAAUAAGAGGACUGACGCACAUCGAUAGGGAGCGAGAAGCCCUCCUUCAGCACGUGAGUGGAUGUGUUCAGUCCGAAGAAUGGGUCGUCGCUCCGCGGUGAACUUAGUGCGCCUCGGGACUCGAGCCGUCAGCCUGCUGUACGGAAACCCGCUUCGCCCCGUCCACACGUCAACACGCAAAGCCCCGGAGCCGGAAGCUGCUUUCAGACCGGAGAAAGUAGCCGUUGUUACCAAGACGACGCGAUAUGAGUUCGAGCAGCAGCGGUACCUCUACGCGGGACUGUCCGAAGAGGACUUCAAACAACUGCUGGCUAUGAAGGGCUCCAGCUACAGCGGCCUGCUGGAGAGACACACCAUCCACACCACCAACGUGGAGCACAUCGUGAGCAGCCUGCGGAGAGAAGGCAUUGAGGUACGAGUUGUGAAGAGAGGAGAAUAUGAUGAAGAAGUAGUGCGAUGGGCAGAUACCAUCAUCUCUGCUGGAGGUGAUGGGACAAUGCUACUUGUUGCCAGUAAGGUUUUAAGCAAGGACAAACCAGUUGUUGGCGUUAACACAGACCCUGAGAGGUCAGAAGGUCAUCUGUGCCUGCCUGUGCACUACACUCAUGCCUUCCCAGAGGCACUGGAGAAACUCUGUCGUGGUGAGUUCAGGUGGCUGUGGCGUCAGAGGAUCCGUGUGCACUUUGAGGGCACAGGAAUCAAUCCCACCUCCGUUGACCUACACGAACAGCAACUGAGCCUGGAGCAGCACAGCCGAGCUCACCGCAUCACCACCAUGGACAGUCGGCAGAGGACAGGAACACUACAUGACAGCUUCUCCAAGACUAGUCUCCUACCUAUUAGAAGCCUGAAUGAGAUCUUCAUCGGAGAGUCUCUGUCCUCCAGGGCUUCCUACUAUGAGAUCUCUGUGGAUGACGGCCCGUGGGAAAAGCAGAAGAGUUCAGGACUCAGCAUUUGUACAGGAACAGGAUCCAAAGCCUGGUCAUACAACAUCAACAAACUGGCUGAACAAGCUGUGGAGGAGGUUCUUCAGAUCGGAAAGUCUCAAACGGGUCUGGAUAUCCCGCUUAAUCGGGACAUCAUUGAAAAGGUCACUGAUGAAUACAACGCGUCCCUGGAGUUCCGUCCGGAUGACAGCCGGUUGUUCUUCAGCAUCAGGGAGCCCAUCGUCAACCGGGUGUUCUCCAGCAGUCGUCAGCGAGGCUUCGCCAGCAGGGUGUCGGUCCGCUCACGGUGCUGGGACGCCUGCAUGGUGGUCGACGGUGGGACUUCCUUUGAGUUCAACGACGGCGCCAUCGCUACAAUCAGCAUGAGCGAGGAGGACCGGCUGCGGACGGUUGUUCUCCAGCCCUGAGGGAAGUCUCUUUAUGGCUUUUAGCAAGUGUUGCAUAUUGUUAUGCUAUAAAGACGGGUGUCAUUGUUACCAUUGUUUUAAUAAAUGUGUGCAUUUUUACUU